CUCCUUUGGCCCCGGCCGGCCUGGGAGCCUGGCACUCGUCCUGGGCGGCCCGGGAAGCCUCGGGCGGCGCCGCUCCUCCUGCUGCUGCUGCUGCUGCUGCUUUGGCCGCCCGCCCCGCCCGCUCACCUGCCCGCUCACCUGGGCUGCUUCUCCGGCCGCGGCGGCUGAGACGGGACGCCCCGCAUGGAGCCCGUCAGGCUCCCCGACGAAGCCGCCUUCCGCGCCUUCCAGGCGGAGUGCGAGACGGAGCUGGGCUGGCUCAGCCGCUACAACCGGGAUGGCAUCGCCGUCUGGGGGCAGCUGCCUCCCCAGGGGGACGUCGCCGUGCACCGCGUCAAGGGCCGUGUGAACAUGCCAGACGUAUCAGCGGAGACCGUAUUUGAUGUCCUCCAUGACACCGAAUACCGGAAGAAGUGGGACUUGAAUGUUAUAGAAACCCAUGAGAUCGCCCGGCUCUCUGACAACGCUGAUGUGGGAUACUAUUCUUGGAAGUGCCCCAAACCUUUAAAGAACCGAGAUGUGGUCACCCUGAGGUCCUGGCGAGUCUUGGAUAAGUCAUAUGUAAUCCUCAAUUUCUCUGUCAAGCACCAGAAAUACCCUCCCCGCAAGGACCUCGUCAGAGCUGUGUCACUCUUAGCUGGAUACCUGGUGCAACCAACGGGCCCUAACAGCUGCUGCUUGACUUAUUUGGCUCAGGUAGACCCAAAAGGAUCCCUGCCUAAAUGGGUUGUGAAUAAAGCUUCUCAGUACCUGGCACCAAAGAGCCCCGCUGCCAGAUCUACUGGGGACCAGGUUUUACAACUUCUGAUACAAAACCCACCUUUCUUUUUGAAGAUCUGCAAAUUGGCCACUUUUGCAAGUUGGAGGUAUUUGCUGCAGAGGCCUUACACAGAACAGUUCCUCUGUAGUGCAUGAUAUUCACCCUCCCACCUUCCCAACCCACCCAAAUAAAUGAAAGAAAAUGUGAGUGACCCAAAGCCAUGAGAUAUUACUGAAAUUUCCAUUACAAACGGAAAAGACUUGGAAUCUCACAAGACCAAACAGUGGAACACGGAACUGCUAUGGAAGAGGUGACAAUUACAUUAAAAUUUAAGACCUAACUUUGGGGGAGGGAGGGGUGGAAGAUGGGAGAGAAAGGAGGAGGGGGAAGUAAUUUUCACAAGUGACUUAAUCAAGCGGAUGACGGUAGAAGGGCCCCCGAGAAACAAAACUAAACAAAAAAAAAAAAAUCCCCCAGAGAGUCGACUUUUUAAUUCCAUGUUAAGAAUAGUACAAAAAACAUUUUUGCUCAGUUUGAGCCAAAUAGUGAAACAUUUAUCAUAAAUGCACUUUUUUUUUUUGUUCUCAUUAAAGACAAAAAAAAAUGCUGUGCUUUUUUUUUCCCUUGGAAAACAAAGAAAACCAACGCUGCAGCGGUUUAAAAUUUUUUUUUUUAAGUCAGAAGCACAGGGUGUUCUUAAGUCUCUCAGGCACAGAGAAGAGACGUUGAGUUGGGCCAACCGUUUUGUGGAGUUUUUUACUGACGAGAGAAAGCAUCUCAAUCAGAAACGGAUGCUUCCGGAAGCAGGGGGUAGGGGAAGGGAGACCCUCUCGCCAUAUUUCAAGACCACCGCGAAUCCCUCUGCAUCCAGGUAAAUUGGACACCUUGGACUCCGUGGAUUAAAAACUCAAAA